AUGGGAUCUCCAAAUAAACAAAGCCCCGUUUCGACCAAUAGCGCGACCUGGUGGUCUCUUAUGGAGAACUCUGACAUCUCAGAAGACGAAAGGCCGUCAAGUCGACGCAGUCACCGUGGCUCUUCUAGCAGGGGUCAUGCCUUGAGCGCACCAGCAACUUCCCCAGCUGCGGUUUCGACCAGCUCUUCCAGAUUUUCGUCUGCGCGUAGAUCCCCUGGAUUGGCUUUGUCAUCUGGACGAUUAUCCGCGGGGCCGCCGUCUCCCGAUCGGUACGUCGAAAGGGAGUCGCCAGAAAGACAAAGUGUCAAAAAGUCCUUGGGGACACCACGAAGCUACCAUCGCCACCACCAUCAUCAGUUGGAAAAAAGCUCAUCGAAACAUGCUACUCAGCAGGUAUCAUCCAGGAAUGCGAGUCCCUCGCCAGACUCGUCGCAGGGGCCAUCGUUCGACGAAGAAGACGACUCCGAGCACAAGAGGAUUCGGUGGGACAAACCCACGACGCAUCGAUAUCAGCUCUCGGAUAAAGAAAAGCCUCGUCUUUUGGAAGAGAAACUCUUAAACGUUCUGGAUUCGGUGCAGUCAAACAUGAUCUGUUCGCAGAACUUUGAAAGACCCGUGUUGACUGGGAGCGUCUGGAGUUUGCUAGAUCCCAACAAAACUGAUCCAAACAAUGGCAAGGUGGAAAGCGAAACAAAUGAUAGUACAUCACAGGAAAACUACUCUGACGACCAAAGUGAUGACAGCGUAUUCGAGGACGGGCCCUCCGUUGUUGAAAUUACGUCACAUCCUCCAAUCUUCUCCGAAUCCAUCACAGCCAGUGAAUCAAUACUCAGCACAUCGCAUGACUCAGAGGAUGAAAACGAUAACAGAACAAACAGUGGACCCAACACGAGUAGCAGACACUCGUACGAUGAUAAAGCAAGAGACGAUCCACCUCCACCAGCAGAUAGCAGUCAAAUACUGGACGAUCUUUCGGGCAUGGAAUCCGAAAGGAAACCCAAGAAGGAAAAACGUGGGGUGGAAUACGACAAUGUCCCUCAGCAAAGCAAUGCAAGAGUGACCGCUUCCAGUGUCGAAAACCACAACGAUAUCCCGCCUGGAAAGAUCUACAGUACCUCUGCUCCCUUUGAUACCGGACUUGAAAAAGAAAAGACUUGCAUUCUAAGCAUGGGAAAGCUACAGGGCAUGAACAAGUCUCAAGCGGACGUGCUUCCAACGAGAAAAACUGCUGUGUCCAACCACAUGGAGAGACUGUCUCUUCGAAAGAAGAUGAAAGGGUUGCCUAAUGCUCCUCCUAUCGCUGAUAUCAGUGUAGGCGACUCCAACGAAAUAAGCACAAUGUCUGCUUCUGAGGACAGCUAUACUUACCAUUCCAAAAACAAGGCAAAUCCUCGCAAUGUUGCGAGGAGCAACAACCUAGGACCAUUGCCAACACUGCCUCCUGGCGCUCAUCCAGGCGUCAAGGGGCUUCACAUGGAAUCGCCAGGCAACCUGAUGUUCAAUAUCGACUCAGUACAGGAUGAGACUAAAAGUUGUAUCCCUUUUCGUCUUCCGAGAAAAGGGAGGGGUGCAGAUGCAGCAACCGCUUCCGCAUCAUCGAGGAGCCUGGGUUUGAGGCUGCUUAGCCGAUCUGGCGAUGCCCAUACAACAUCUGAAAAGGAAAAUGAUGUAGCCAACCCAUACGUCUACGAAUAUGAGUCUGGAGUCAACACAUAUGUGGCAUACUUCGAGGUCAGCAAACCAAAAGACACCCGACUGGCAUUACAGGUAAUUGAACACCCCAACCCACCACUGCUGCCAUUUGGCUCCAACGAAGUAGUUGUCAAGAUUGAGGCUUCCACGAUUUCGCAGUCGGAUUGUGCGAUACGGAGAGGAGAAUGGUGGGGAGGAACCCUUAGUCUGCCAAGGAUUCCGGGGGUAGCUUUUACAGGCAAGAUCGACCAGAUUCACAAAACUGGCCGGAACAGCAUGCAACGUGGAGAUCAGGUGCUUUCAUUGGUGUGCUCUGGGUCGAAUUCGCGCUACGUGUGUAUCCCCCGAGAACGAUUGGUGAAGGUGUCAAGCGCACAAAUUCAAGAUCCCGCCAGGCUGACCUGCUUGCCUGAAACAUACCUGUCCGCUUUUCAGGCACUGCACGUUGGCCAGAGUUCGAGCGUCCGAUAUCGCAACAAGUCUCUCUCGGGAAAAUCAAUAAUGUUUGUCGGCGGUGUGAGCGCCUUUGGGCAGGCAAUUAUAGAACUCGGUAUCGAUGCAGGUGCAUCGGUUGUCUACGCAACUGCCAGCAAAGUUAAACAAUUCCAGCGAAUCAUCGAAAUGGGUGGGAUACCGUUAAGUGCAACCCCUUCGGAAUGGCUGCCCUCGAUUUCCCAGCAAAUCGACAUAUUGAUUGGAUCUGCGAACGAAGGUCUUAAGGAUACGGACCCUUUGAGCUAUGACCAUCUAAAUGCUUUGAAAAAGAAAGGACAGUUGAUCCUUUUAGGAGGGCCUGGUGCAGCUAACAACUAUCCUGUCAUUCUCCCUGGAAAGGGUCAGUGUCAAGUGGACGUUUUCAAGAUUCUGAAGAGAGCACAUAAGCACAAUGUUUUCGAACAGUGGGAGCGAGAUAUGAAGCAAGGGAAGAAGGACCUUGCCCAUCUCAUUGGUCUUCUGCAUAAGGGUGCAAUAAAACCAAAAGUUCUUGAGAGAAUUCCUUUGAGCAAGGUUUCAAAGGCUGAGGAGAUCGUCGAAGCACGGCGAUUACAUGGUGUCAUCGUUUGUGAACCUUGGAUUCAGGAAAAGCAACGGCAUCGCUAG